GCUUUUCUUCUAUUUUUCUGAACUUUCUUUCCCUCUAGUCUCAUUGAAUCUUCUUUUUUGUAUUAUUGAUGUAAAAAAAUCAGGAUCUCCAUUCGCUUAAUUUGCUUUAAAGUGCAUGAUCUCAUGUGUUGACAAUUUGUUCCUGUUCAGGCAUUUCAGCAAUUCACUGGUAUCAAUACGGUCAUGUACUACAGCCCAACAAUUGUGCAGAUGGCUGGCUUUCAGUCCAACCAGUUAGCUCUUUUACUGUCCCUUAUAGUGGCUGCCAUGAAUGCUGCUGGGACAGUUCUUGGCAUUUAUCUCAUUGACCAUUUUGGCCGGAGGAAGCUGGCCCUCUCGAGCUUAAGUGGUGUUAUUGUGUCACUUCUCAUCCUCUCGGGUGCUUUUUUUGUUCAAUCAUCUGGUUCUACAAGUGUAUUCUAUGGGUGGCUUGCAGUUAUAGGUUUAGCCCUGUAUAUUGGUUUCUUUGCACCGGGAAUGGGACCUGUGCCAUGGACCGUGAACUCAGAGAUAUAUCCUGAAGCAUAUAGAGGGAUAUGUGGGGGAAUGUCAGCUACUGUGAAUUGGAUAUCGAAUUUGAUUGUGGCCCAGACAUUCCUUUCGGUUGCAGAAUCUGUUGGAACUGGUGCAACUUUCUUGAUCAUUGCGGUUGUGGCUGUCAUUGCAUUUGUCUUUGUGAUUCUGUUCCUACCCGAGACAAAGGGCUUGACAUUCGAGGAAGUGGAGAGGAUUUGGAAGGAGAGGGCUUGGGGCAGCAGUGGUUCUAACACACAGAGCCUUCUUGAGCAGGGAGAUGAGUCUUAGGUGUUACAAUUUUGCUUAUUCUGAUAGAACUGCUAGCUGUGCUUGCUGUAGAAGACGAACUUGCAUCUUGUUUCAAUAUGUAUAUAUAUCCUCACGUACUUGCUUGAAGAUCAGCGUUCGACUAGUAAGUCUGGUCCAUUGUGCCCCAUGAGAAUUUCUGGAUUGGCAGGAUGUCCUUUUAGGAAGUUUAUUCUAAAAACUAGUCUGAGGAAUUAUCGACCA